UUCUAAAAAAAAAAAUAAAAAAAAAGGAGAGAGGGUGAUUGGUAUAGGAAAUAUAUGUGUGCAUAGGUUUCCUGUUUGGGGAAUUUAGACUUUGUUUUAUAUAGAUUUUGGUGGGAUUUGUAUUCUAAACUCAACACUGAAGCAAACGAACAGAGCACAGGGAAUAAUUUCUGUAAAGGGAUGUAUUGUGUGUGUUGCUGUUGUGUGGUGAUAAGAAAUGUAUGCAAACAAAGACCCUAAAAUUGUGAUAUACUGUGCUAAAAGGAAAAGAAAAUGUGUUUUUUAGAAUAAUUUAACUGUAAAAGGUUGCCAGAAUUUGGUGACAAAUACUUAAAUUGUUAAGAUCAGAGAAGGUGUAAGUUAGAAAUGGCGGCAUGCUGGCUUGUGGACAAAGAGGAUAAUUUAAUUUGUAGCACCCAGAGACCACCUCCUUAUAAUGGUCCUCCCCCUAAGGUGCAAGCCACUGCCCAGAGUACCACCCUCCCUGUGACAUCCACCCCUGUCAGAGGAACCGCCUCUGAACAAGACCCUGACCCUACUUCCUUAAUCUCUCCAGAUAGCAGCAUGAUCUCGGAGCUGAACAGAUCAAUCCUUGAAACUUUAACUGACGCCAUAACCUAUACACUAGGUGCCCCUGCAGGUGCCAAGAGAUCAAGUAAACCUCCUAUUAGGUAUGGUGUAGAUGAUGGUGAAGUAUACCCUUUGAUAGAAGUCCCAAACCCCAGGGGAGGACAGGCUGAUGGGUUGGGAGGACAGCAUCCCCUGACAAUGACUGUUUUCGGGCCAUGGACUGAGAAGGACAUACAAAAGGCUACAGAACACAUAAAACAUCCAAAAUUAGGUCCAGUGGAAUUUAUUGAAAACAUAGAGGGAUUACGGAACAGUUACAAGUUGAACGGGGUGGAGGUAGAGAGAGCCCUGAGGAGAGUGCUGGGAUCAGAUUGGGUUUCCGUAAAGGGGGAUUGGGACCCUUGCGGCCUAGCAGAUGGGCAGGGGCGAAGAGAUCCAUUACCUCCAGAUAGCCCAGACUUAGGAAACAGGUUGACUGCAUUACUGAAUAGAUGUCAGCUUAGAUGGAUUCAAAGGACUGAUUGGCAGAAAAUAAAUAUGACAGUACAAGAAGACAAGGAGAGUGUCAGUGACUACCUAAAUAAACUACGAGAGGUUUUUAAAGUGUUCUCCGGGCUCCCCGAAGCGGAGGAUGUGAAUAGUGCAUAUCAGCAACAGCUAAAAAUAGCUUUUGUAAAUGGAAUAAAACAGGAUCAUAAGGAUUACAUUGUUAAAAAUAUGGUUAUUUACGGAACUGCAUCAGUUCUAGAUGUUUUACAAUAUGCUAAACAUUCAGAGAAGUAUCUGAAAACAAUGGGAAACAAAUGUGAAAGUAAAGGUUUUUGUGCAAAGUGUUGAAGGAGAUGAGGAUGUAGAGGAGUACACUGCCGAGGCGGAAACAGAGGAGUCCCAUAGAAGGAAGCAGAGGAGGGUAUAGCCUCUGUAAUAGAUACAUUUUUACAAAUAGGGGUGGUUAUUCUGUGUCCUGACAGCCCCUGUAACACCCCUCUUUUCCCUGUUAAGAAGGCUCCGCCUUCCACAGGCUGGAGAAUGGUACAGGAUUUACAAGCUGUUAACCAGGCAGUUAUACCAAGAGCUCCUGUGGUACCAGAUCCACACACACUAUUAAAUGAUUUGGAUCCAGGGAAUGAAUUCUUCUCUGUGAUUGAUAUCAGUAAUGUUUAGCUUUCCAGUGCACCCCGACCAUCAAUUUUGGUUUGCCUUCACUUACCGGGGGAAAAGGUAUACCUUCACGAGGUUGCCCCAGAGCUAUUGAGAGUCCCCCACCAUCUUUUCACAGGCAAUGUCCACAAAAUUGGCUCAAUUUGUGCCCCUAGGGGGAAGCCAGCUCCUCCUCUAUGAAGACACCUUCUAGUGGCGUCUCCCUCAGAGGAGGUUUGUAGGACUGAUACAAUGGCUCUGUUGUAUUUUCUCCAUGAACAAGGGCAUAAGGUAAAUAACACUAAAACUCUAGUUGUGACAACAGCAGGUCAAAUACUUAGGGUAUAAUAUCUCAAAAGAAGGUCGGCACCUGGAUGAAGCGAGAAUUCGAAUCCUCCUACAGGUGUCGAGACCAAAAAAAACAAAAUGAUGUAUUUUUUGGGCAUGAGGAAUUUUUGUAGGGUUUGGAUCCCCGGGUAUUCAAUAUUGACCGCCCCGUUGGUCCAUGCCUUACAUGGUAACCCCAUGGCCCCACAGGAUGCUAUUAAAUAGAGUGAGGAAACAGAGAUAGCUUUUACUGACCUAAAACAAGUCCUUUCUAGUUCAUCAGUGCUAGCCUUAACGGAAUAUGACAAACCUUUUUCAAACAAACAGUAGAUUUAAGGGAAGGUCACAUGACAUCAGUACUUACACAGUCACAUGGUGAGCGCCAGAGGCCAAUUGCUUACUAUUCUACAAAACUAGACAGUGUAACUAGAGCACUUCCACCCUGUGUACAGGCAGUGGUAGCUGCAGCCGAAGCAGUUAAGGCCUCAGCAUCUAUAGUGCUACAUCACCUGCUGACACUCAUAGUACCUCAUGCAGUAUCUGUUAUUCUUUUACAACAAAAUAUAUCACAUUUGAGCCCAGCACGACACCUUUCCUGUAUGACAAUACUCUUAACACAACCUCACUUAACUAUACAGAGGUGUACUACAUUAAACCCAUCCACACUACUACCACUCCCUACUGAUGGCCAUAAACAUAACUGUACUGCUGCCAUCACUGAAAAGGUACUGCCUCAAAGUGAUUUGAAAGAUGUACCUUUAUCUAAUCCUGACAUGAUGCUUUUUGUUGAUGGCUCCAGUAGGAAAAAUCCAGAUGGCACAAAUGCAACUGGAUAUUCAGUAGUGACACAGGAUGAAAUCUUGGAAGCCAGGCCUUUACCAAAACAUUAUUCAGCACAAGUAGCAGAACUUGUAGCACUGACAAGAGCAUGCAUAAUUACAAAAGGAAAAUCUGUAACCAUAUACACAGAUAGUCAAUAUGCAUUUUCAACUGUACAUGUUUUUGCACAACAAUGGAAAAACAGGGGGAUGGUGACCUCUAGUGGUAAGCCAAUUUCACACACGGACUUCAUUCUAGAACUUCUAGAUGCAAUACAGUUACCAAAAGAGCUUGCAAUAUGCAAAUGUCAAGCACACACAAAACAUACAGACUCCAUCUCGGAGGGAAAUAAGAGAGCAGAUGAAGCAGCUAAAAUAGCGGCACAAGAAACACAUCAAAUAAUGACAGAACUGGAAAUAAUAGAGAUAGAUCAUACAGUCCUUACUGAUAUGCAGCAGAAUGCUCCCCCCGGGGAGAAACAAUAUUGGAAAACAGAAGGUUGCACAUUGAUAGAGAACAUUUACACAUCACCUGAAGGAAAACCGGUAUUGCCAAAAUCCCUAUUUAGGUAUGCAGCAGUGUUGACACAUGGAGUAACUCAUGUGUCAAACAGGGGGAUGACUGAGAUGUUAAGUAAGGUAUGUACAGCCUAUGGCUUCACAAACUACUAAAAAACUUUUUGUUCUCAAUGCAUUGGAUUUUAUUGAAUUGGACAAAUGUGGAAGGAAUAAGGAUUGGAGAGAGGUCUACCUGGACUCACCAGUCCCAUUGCAAAAAGGUUUUACAGGCAGAGCAGGGUCAGUUGGCGGCAGAGCUCUGGUAAAGUCCGGCUACAAAGGGAGGUUCUGCACAAGGUGGGGCUUAUCUCAAACCGGUGAAGAACUCCAUUACCUUACCCCCAGGGCUCUGUAGCUGGUUAGGAUGGAAGGGACAGUAAGUAUCUUGGGUCUACUGGUGACUCUAGGUGAGACGUCUAUACGUGGAGGCAGAAAUUGGAAAGAGAAGGAACCACUAGAAUGGGCAAGUACGGGGAAGGCCUUGAACUUAACCUUCAUAGAAGGAGUAACUAGUACCAUUUUAGUUGAUUUUAGCCAAAUGGUGGACUGUGGGGACUUAACUGAAGCAAGAAGGCUCCAAUGGGCAGAUAAAUAUGUUUGUUAUAUAUAAGUGGAACUGACUGUUUAGUAUGGAACCAGGUCCUGUGGACCACAGCACACCAAGAUUGGGGGUACAACAUUCUAGGCAUAAAAUGGUUUAAAAGAAAGACUCACCAUAACAAAGGCGGCCAAUUCUCCCUGUACCCAUGGCAGAGAUUGCAAUCAAUCAACGGUUAUAUUCUAUGGGAGCAUGGGUGAUCAGAUCCUUUAGGUACAUUUUUCCUCGAGGUAUUACCACCCAAUAAAACCAAACAGGAAAAGGUAGACACAGAAGAGAAAGAAGAAGGCCAUACUAAGAUAGAAGUUCUGAGUAACACUGUAAGAUUUACUAACCUAACAGUAGAAGAUGCCAUAGCUUUGGAGACGGGUUACCAAGAAAGAAAAUGAGUGAUUAGAAUGGUUGAGGUACACGGUUAAAGCUCUAAAAAAAA